GGUCCCUAAGUUGGACCGUCUCUUAAAUUGGACCACAUCUGUAAUUCACAAACGGUAAUUCGAGGCGCCAUCUAUGGCCUAUCAAUCAUAGCUUACGCGUAGUCCAGUCUGUAUGUGGAAAAAGAAACCUGUGUUGCUAGUAAUAUCGAAGGUAUCACAUGUUGUUAAGUUUUAUGCCGGCUGAUGUAAUUUUUCAAGUGAAUUUCUUAAGCUGUAGUUUUUAACUGGUAAGUUGUUUUGUAUAUCCGUCAGUUUAUAUAUAUUUAGCCAUCAUUUUCCUGAACAGUCAUUAAGCAGUUAAUUUGAUUUUAAGUGAAAACAACUUUUUUAGAGCCAAAAAUUGAAAUGAGGUUAUGAUUUCCUAAAUUGGACCACAUGAAGUUUCUUAAUUUGAACCGGUCCAGUUUAAGCAACCUUUUUUUUUCAGUUGAAUACUAUGUCUCAACGGGGAAAGUAUGGAAAGUGGAGCGAGACGAGCAUGCAAGAAGCCCUUAAUGCCUAUGAAAAUAAUGUUGCCGGUUUAAAUGAAAUCGCUAGGAGAUAUAAAGUUCCUAAAGCUACUCUGAAACGUAGAAUUGACGAUACAAACAAAAAUGUGCAUGGAUGCGAAAAAAAAUUCGGACGUUCUACGGAUCUUCCCCUAGAAAUUGAAAAUGAAAUAGUUAACCAUGUAUUGGAGCUAGAAAGAAGCUUGUUUGGAAUCACUCGCAAUGAUUUGCGAAAACUUGCCUAUGAUGUCGCCGAAGCUAAUGGGAUUUUACAUAGAUUUAAAAACGGUAAAGCCGGCAAGAAAUGGUAUUACUGCUUUAUGUCCAGGCAUAAAGAGCUAUCUCUUCGACAACCAGAGCCUACUUCAGCAGCGCGGGCUACAGGUUUCAACAAAGAAAAAGUCAAGGCUUUUUUUGAUUGCCUUACUUCUCUCUAUAAUGAGUACAAUUUCAGUCCAUCUUGCAUUUAUAAUGUAGACGAGACUGGCCUCUCUACGGUUCAGAGGCCUCAAAAAAUUAUUGCACAGAAAGGAAAACAUCAAAUAGGAGCACUUACGAGCGGAGAGCGAGGUGUAAAUACGACAUGUGUCUGUUGUUUGAACGCUGCUGGCAAUUACGUACCGCCAAUGCUUAUUUUCAAGCGCAUUAGAUUUAAAGAUGAACUGAAGGCAGGCGCCCCUCCAGGAACAGAAUUUGCAUGUUCAGAGUCAGGUUGGAUAACUAGUGAGCUGUUUGUUAAAUGA